AUGUCGGUACCGAGCGCACUCAUGAAGCAGCCGCCCAUUCAGUCUACGGCCGGGGCCGUCCCGGUUCGCAACGAGAAAGGUGAGAUUUCGAUGGAGAAAGUGAAGGUAAAACGUUAUGUGUCCGGGAAGAGGCCUGACUACGCCCCUAUGGAGUCCUCUGAUGAAGAGGAUGAAGAAUUUCAGUUCAUUAAGAAAGCCAAAGAACAAGAAGCAGAGCCUGAGGAACAGGAAGAGGAUUCAUCAAGUGACCCCCGGCUGCGGCGUUUACAGAACCGUAUUAGUGAAGAUGUGGAAGAGAGAUUGGCUCGACAUCGGAAAAUAGUGGAACCUGAAGUAGUAGGAGAAAGUGACUCAGAAGUAGAAGGAGAUGCUUGGCGCAUGGAAAGAGAAGACAGCAGUGAAGAAGAGGAGGAGGAAAUAGAUGAUGAGGAAAUAGAGCGGCGCCGUGGCAUGAUGCGUCAGCGAGCACAGGAGCGGAAAAACGAAGAGAUGGAAGUCAUGGAGGUGGAAGAUGAGGGACGUUCCGGGGAGGAGUCUGAAUCAGAGUCUGAGUAUGAAGAGUACACAGAUAGCGAAGACGAGAUGGAGCCUCGCCUUAAGCCAGUCUUCAUUCGAAAGAAGGACCGAGUGACAGUUCAAGAACGGGAGGCUGAAGCAUUGAAGCAGAAGGAGCUGGAGCAGGAAGCAAAGCGCAUGGCUGAGGAGAGGCGCAAAUACACACUCAAGAUUGUAGAGGAGGAGACCAAGAAAGAGCUGGAGGAGAACAAGCGGUCCCUGGCUGCACUGGAUGCCCUGAACACAGAUGACGAAAAUGAUGAGGAAGAAUAUGAGGCAUGGAAAGUCCGGGAGCUAAAAAGAAUCAAGAGGGACAGAGAAGAUCGAGAAGCACUUGAGAAGGAGAAAGCAGAAAUUGAACGCAUGCGGAACCUGACUGAGGAAGAGAGACGAGCUGAGCUUCGGGCAAAUGGCAAAGUCAUUACCAACAAAGCUGUGAAGGGCAAAUACAAAUUUUUGCAGAAGUAUUAUCACCGGGGUGCCUUCUUCAUGGACGAGGAUGAAGAAGUAUACAAGAGAGAUUUCAGUGCACCUACCCUGGAGGAUCAUUUCAACAAAACCAUUCUUCCUAAAGUCAUGCAGGUCAAGAACUUUGGACGCUCUGGCCGUACCAAAUACACCCACCUUGUGGAUCAAGAUACCACCUCCUUUGAUUCAGCAUGGGGUCAAGAAAGUGCCCAGAACACCAAGUUCUUCAAACAGAAGGCAGCUGGGGUACGGGAUGUAUUUGAGCGACCGUCUGCCAAGAAACGGAAAACUACUUAG